AUGGAUGUGAAUGUGGACUGGGACUCUGAGAAUAACAUUUGUGACACAGGUGAGAAGCAUUCAAAUUAUUCCAGAAAGACCACUAAGCAGGUGGGCCACACAUUUAGCCUCCAGAAGGAGGUAGAUAUGAAUUACUCGCAGACAUGCAGUCCUCGCAACUCUGCUGGACCGUCAGGUAAGCAGGAGCUUCCUGCAGAGUUGCAACGUGAAGACAAAGAAACCUGUGAGACCUACUACCAGAAACGAGGUGAGAGUACAGCUGGGGUAUUUGUCCCCUCCAGUACCAACUUUGACCUGCAGUGUGGAGAUAAAGAUUUAGAGCACUGUUCCUCUGAGCAGUCCAAGAAACCACGGAGAAGACUACGUGACGAUAAUGAAAAUACCGUUCUUGCUGAUGUGUUUGAUGAGGACCUGGAGCCUGUCGCUGAGGAAGCUUUGCCAUAUCGGUGCAAGAAGUGUGGUUCCUCUUUCCAGGGUACGUGCGAGCUGCAGGAACAUAAGCGAACUCACCUUGUGGAAAACUCAUACCGAUGUCCUGUCUGUGCCAAAGAGUUCUUCCGUGCGGCAAAUUUGCGCAUGCACAAGCUCAUUCAUUCUAGUGACAGACCACACAAAUGUCCAGAGUGUGACAAGGGUUUCAUUCGCACAGCUGAUGUCUGGAGGCACCUGCGCAAUGUGCACAAGAUAGAGCGCUCCAUGGUGAUCUUGGGCAAUGGCAUGGCUAGGAACCCGUGGUCGAUAGUGCACCGUAACCAACACGCUGUUGAGUACACUGAUCAGCCUUGUGCAGAAAACCAAAAGUCUGAGGAAGAUGACUAUAAACCUUAUGCCUGUCCAACGUGCGGCAAAGGUUUCGAUAAGCCUAAUCUGCUUUCCAAACACAAAGUGAUCCACCGACAAGACAAGCCCUAUAAGUGUCAGGAAUGUGGCAUGGCAUUCGUCCAGCUGCUCAGGCUGAAAAGACACCAGCAGACUCACUCUGGGGAGCGCCCUUUCUAUUGCGAGGAGUGUGGAGGGACGUUCACCCGGCUGGCAUCGCUCCAGCGCCAUCACCGCAUCCAUACUGGAGAGAAGCCCUACUCUUGCAAUUACUGUGGUCAUUCCUUCACCGAGUCAGGCACCCUACGGAGGCAUGAGCGCACACACAGAUUGGACAAAUCUUAA